AGAUGCUGCUUGGCCUGCUGUGUUCACCAGCUCCACACUUUGUUAUCUUAGGUUAUGAAGCAAAUCUUUUUUUACAGACCGAGUGGUUAGGAUUUGAUUACUUUUUGAAGGAGCCAACAGACAGUUGAUCAGCUGAAUGGCCUCCUGUGUUGAACUAUUCUACAAUUUAGUGCUGACCACUACCUGCUGUUCCUAAUCACUAAAAGAAAUGGACCAAAUAAUUUUAAUGUGAUUACAAGGGGAAAGUGUGAAGUUUUGUGUCUCGAAUACUGUUCUUCCUUCCUUCUCCCAUUCCCAGUUUAAGAAUACCUCAGGCUGUUUAAAUUGUCUCCAGUAGAGUUUAUUCUUACUAAAUCUUGAGUAGAAAUGUGACAAUAGUAUUUUCUAGAAAGCAAAAAACAAAUACUCACUACUGCCUGCAUUUUCUGGUACACCAAUUCACCACAGAACCUGACUAACUGCUCUUUGACUUUAUCAGGUGAGUUGAUAUAAAGUGGGACAGUGAGGGGUAGAGGGGGCAACCUCACUGGCUCUUUGCUUGGCAUCAAGAUAUCAAACCCAAAAUUGGGAUAUCCUGUUCUGACGCCCUCAACAAGGGCUUUUGGGUGGAGUGAUGUCAGAAUGGCGCCUGCUGUCAAUGAUCUACAAAGAACUGAGAUACCCCCACACUUGAGGUGACCUUGAUGCUUUUGAAUAUUUUAAAUUCGGAAAACUUGCUUUACAUUUUCAGUCCUGAUCCUGGUAAUAUGCCUUUCACCUUGAACGGUUUCACUCAAAGCACUCUCCUUUUCAGCUCAGGAAGUGGGCCUGUAGAGGUUUCAUUUGAUUUUUAUUCCACAGGAAUUUUGUUCCCUUCUGGAUUCUGUUUCUUAUUUCCAGACACCAUUACUGAUGCAGCAGGCAGAGUGGCUUUUGGACAGUUAUCUCUGCAUAAUAGUGCUCUUUCCUUCAUGCCAUGUAAUGGUAAAGGAGCCUGACCUCUUCCUAACAUGCAAUGUCAUACUGUUACUGCUGAACAAAGUUAAUUAGUACUUCCUAAACUUGAAGUUGUUUUUCCUUUCUGAUUCAAAUGGAUGGCAGUUAAGAAUUACAUUUAAUGUAGAUAAUUCAUUCUUCCUUUCUUCUUAAGUAUCUCUCCUUUCCUCAAAUGGUCAUAGCUUAUCCUUUGGACUCCAGGUAUAAAUCCUUUGAAUGAUCUUUCCUUUUUUGUAAUUCAUUCAUGACUGGGGGUAUCGCUGGCUAGGCCAGUUUUAAUGCCCGUUCCUUUUCUCCUGGAGAGAUGGUGGUGAGCUGCUACCUUGAACUGCAGAAGGAUGGAAGAGAAAGAUGGAAUUUGACCCAGUGAUAGUGAAGGAAACAAAUCUAGUUCCAAGUCAGAAUAUAGUUGGGCUUGGAGGGAAGCUUGCAGAUGGUGGUGUUUCAUUGUAUCUGUUGCCGUCCAGGUGGUGGUGGUGGUGUUGUUGAAGGCUGUUCCCUUGUUAUUUUCCUGCUUUUAUUCCAGGCACUUUGCUUCAGGCCUCUGCUUUCUUUCACAGGGAGGCUGAAAUUAGCUGUUCUCAUUCUGGAUCGUCCAGUUUUCCAUAUCUAGGAAGGCUGUACAGCUGUUGGACCAAAAGACUGGGAGCUUCCAAGUUAGUAAUAUCGUGUGAAGCUAGUGGGAUUGCUAGGGCUGACCCCGGAAAUAUUUCAAACCAAGGAACAUUCUAUAAUUGUGAGACUAGUACUUGAGAAUGCACACAACAGGGGAUGCAAACACAAUAUUGAUAGAAGCCUUUGUGUCGAUAACCUCUUGAUAAUAGAAUGUCAAGGAGAUCAUGAUUGCCGGUGUGUGUGUUGUUGAUGCUGUACACAAGUUGAGUGCCACAUUUAUCCACGUUGCAAUGACAACUUAUUUAGAACUACUUAAUUGACUGCAUAGCUUUUUGGGGCAUUCUGAUGUCAUGAAAGGAGCAUUGAAAUUAUUAGAUAAUGUGUACAAAACACGACUCAUCUUUCCUGGUCAUCUCUGAGCAGGAGAAAUUCACUUCUCCACAAAUCCUCACUGAACGUUCUCCCUGCACACCACCAGUAUAAUUUUUUGAAGGACUACUUUGACUGCAGAACUAUGUUAUCAACACAAAUUGACCAGCAUUAAUUUGUGAUUUUUAAAUGACAGAAGAUUAGAUGUAGGUUUUUGUCUUGGUACCAACCUGAAUGUGUUGCUGAAGUGAUGAAAAGCAUUAAAGAAAUGCAUUUUUUUUUCUUAUUUGGUGCCACGCACACAGGAUAUUUGCUCCUGAACUUUUAUGUUUUGAGCUACCCUGCAAGUUUUUUAAUACUCGCAUGUCAUGCUUGAAAGCAUUAUCUGACUUUUCUUAAGGAGUCGGCAGAGACUCCAAGAAGACUGAAGAUAUCAUUGGGGACGACAAGUUUUGGAGUAUCUCACAAGAUCACUUAUCAUUCAGCAGCUCUUGUCCGUGAGUUGACCUGCAAGAACUGGUUUUGAUGGCAGCUGUUUAGUCAGCUACACAUUCAGCUUUUAACCAAAGGAUAAACUAAGCCACGUCAGUGUGUUGGAGAUGCCGCCACAUGAACUUGCACCCCACUUUUGAGCCUACACAGUAUUGCCUUUUGUGAGUCACAAAAGAGGGAAUAAUUAGUUUUGGAAUUUGCAAUGCUGAAUUCAGUGCUGGGUGAAUGGAUUGCAAAUAGCCAGGGUAUCUUGGCUAUUGUGAUCCAGAAUACCUUUGUGUAAAAUUGGCCUUUUCCAAGCUGUUACCCUCAGCUCAAGCAAACAGGUUCGUGUCAGGGCAUUUCAUACCUCCAUUCACCAUACACCCUCAAGCCCAAUGAACAAAAGAUUUGAGAGUCUCUCAUUGUUUAGUAUCUUGAGAAGGACAUGCAUAUCCUCGUUGAAAGGACAAAUAGUUCCUGUUUUCUCACUUGCAUUUCUUGGAUUAUGUCGGAUUUCCCAAAAGCAGUUAGUCAGGUGCAUUUUGUGGUUAAAAACCCAUCAUGACUUUCUGAUCUUUGUGGCGUUAUCAGCAUGCCCAAGUGAUCUCUAAUACAUUAGCUUUUACAUGCAAUAUAGAUUUCAACUAUUUAUAAAACAUUGUUUCAAUUUUAAUAAAAGAAGAGCUAAACACUUUUUUUCUUCCUUUCUUCCCUUCUCUACCAUUGAAGAAAUGCUCAACUAUGCACCCAGGCGAUAUCCCAGAGAAUCUUAUGAAGAAAGUACACAAUACGAUGGCCUUCCCUAUGGUGACUAUGAAUCUCCAUCUCAUAGAUCGGAGAGAUGGAGGAAUAUGCCCAGUCAGGCAGAAAUGCCUUCUGAAGACCGUAGAAGAUAUUAUGAUGAUGCUUCCUAUUCGGCUUCAGCAAGAGAGAAUUACUUGGAUCACCAUGAGAGAGACGACCGCCAUUCACAGUAUAACAAUUUAAGGGGCCCUGUUGAACCCAGUGGGGAUCCAGGGCUGUUUGGAAGAUCAGUAAAUUCCAAUGAUAGUCCUACCAUGAGAGGAUCUGGAAUGUACAGAAGAUCAAUGAGCCCUGUUGAGCCUAGAGAUCGGUCAGGCUCAUACAGAAGACAGACAAGCCCAAAUAAUUGGCAGUCUCAAAGUUCAGUUAAUGACUCAAGAGAUUACCAAUUCUACAGGCGAUCCCAAAGUCCCAGUAGUAGAGAUGGUCUAAGUUUAUACAAUAGAUCCCAAAACCCUGUUGAUACGACGGGACAUGCAGAAGCACACAGGAGAUCCUGGAGCCCUAGUAAUGAGACCAGGGAUCAAGGAUCAGACCCUAGAUCUAGAAGUCCUGUUAAGGCACCAGAUGCAGAGUUAUACAAGUUAUUAAGUAAUGUUAUUGAUAAUGCUCGGCGUAUGGCAGCUAGUAAGAAUGAUCCCUCACAUACAUCCUGGAGAGACCCAUCCAGGGAUUGCCCUCAAAUGGAUUCUUCUAUUUAUCAGUCCACCACGUCCACAGAUGGGUUCCAUGCAGCUGAGGAUUACAACCCUCGCUUGAACCAACGGAGUUCUGUUCGUAAAAACAUAGAAACCUCCAGAAGAGGUCCUCCUUAUCCUAAAGUGCCUCCUAAAAAUGCAAAAGGACCUUUGCUUAAGCGUCCAAAGGUUCAAGGGCGACAUGGCCUUCUGGGGAGGGCUCCGGGCCUUCUGGGGAGAGCCCCAGGCCUUCUUGGUACAGCUCCUGGCCUUCUGGGGGCUGCUCCUGGCCUUCUAGGAGCUGCUCCUGGCCUUCUAGGGACAGCUCCUGGCCUCCUAGGAACAGCCCCUGGUCUUCUAGGGACAGCCCCAGCUGGUUUAGUGGGGUCUUCUGUGUCCAGCAUGCCAGUGAACACCUACGAAAAUGUUUCCUCGGACUCUUCCGUUCAUUUGUAUUCAUUGGGGAAUAUGUCCGCUCUAGGUAGUCAAAUGGAACUGGGACAGCAAAUCAUAAAAUGGGCUGGUUUUCACAGUGUUGCUGUUGACCAUUCCACAAAAAAGAAGUUUGAUCCCAAUACAGACACCUAUUCUAAAGUAGCAACAGCUUUCCAGUGCUUACUGGCAAAGCAACAUCAUGAUAUCUGUGAUUCAACAUUAGUUACACAUUUAGGCCUCACAUACCCUGUGAUCGAUAACUCUUUUGUAUCUCUGUUGAUAAGGAAGAAUGUCAUUACAAGUAGGUUAGAGUUGGAUGAUAUUGUGCAUCAAGAAGAAUCUAUUUUGCAGGAGAUACAGAGCAAGCUGUUGGAAUGCAUAGGCCCGCUUCUUGUAGUAAGCAGUAACCAUGAGCAGAGCUCUAAGUCGCAAAGUUCACAGGCCCCUAAUGAAAUUGUGAGUGAGCUAGAGCAUGCAGUCACAGCUUGCCGCCAAUCAAUGGUAUUCAUUGGGCAAAUCUUUGCUUUUGUCAGCGAGGAAAGAAGGAAAAAUCUGUUGCGCAAGACUGGGCUGAUCUCAGUGGCUCCGAAGUAUGAUUAUUUUGUGAACCUGGAAAGCAAUCAGCUGUUUGGGAACAAAUAUAUAAAUGAGCUGAAGAACCGAGUGGAGCAAAUCUACCUCCCUCCAUUACAUAGCCAGGUUUCUUGUUCCAGUAAGUUUGUGUCAAAAGUGGAUGAACAAUCAAAGAAAGAUGCAGCAAUCAAGCCUUCAAAAACUUCAUCUUUGGCAGAUGCCAAAGCCAGCAAGCAGCCAGAAGCGGAUUCUUCGGCACCAGAUAACAGCAGUGGACAGAAGAUUGCACCAACUGAUGACAGUGACCAGAGCAUGACAGAGAAAGAUGUCCCCUCAACAGCUGGUGAGAGUGUCCACCCUCCCGAAGACUUGCAGGUCAAGACCAUUAUUGAUAAACUGGCGAUGUUUGUAGCAGAGAAGGGUGAAGCAGCAGAGAAAGCAGUCAUCCAGCACAAGAAAGAGGACUUCAAAUAUGGAUUUCUGCUUGACCCAAAAAGCGACGAGUACAAAUAUUACAAGCAGAAAGUGGCACAGUUCUCUAAAGAAAACACCUGUCAGUCAGGCGUACCUGCUGCUGUCGAGAACAAAGGGUCAGAAUGCAACACAUCCACGGACAACACAUCCAGUGGUCUCCAAGUAGAGUUCCUGAUGGAGGUUGAAAGCUCAGCAACUUGUUCAACUGCAGAAGAAGGUGAUUCUCUCAGUGACACCAAGACAAAAACCACUGCGGAAAAAUUGGCCAAGUUUGUGGCUGAGUGUGGUCCAGACCUGGAAGAGAUUGCCAUUGAAAACAACCGGGAUAAUCCAACUUUUUGGUUUCUCUAUGAUGAGAAUAGUUCUUACUACAAAUACUAUAAGGAGAAGGUGAAGGAAUACAGCGGGAUGAUUGAGAAAUCUGAUACUUCCAUGGAUCCUGCACCGGAGGCAGCAUCUUCAGGGCGUUCAGUUCUUCCGAGAAAACGGAAAGGCCUGACUUUGAAAGUGGGCAUGCUUCCUCCCAAAAAAUUCCGCCCAAAGGCUGCAACAUCACCAGUCCGAGAGUUAAAAAGAAUUGGUUAUGACAAACCAACGUACAAACCGAAGAAAAAGACGAAAAGUGAGGAUCUAAAUUACACUAAAAAUAAGCUGGCAGUGGACAACGUUGGGUACAAGAUGCUGCAGAGGAUGGGCUGGAAGGAUGGUGAGGGACUGGGCUCAGAAAAGCAGGGAAUCCGAGACCCAGUCAACAGAGGUGUGACAUCGACAGACAGGUCUGGGCUAGGAGUCGGCGUCACUGCAGAAAAGGACGAGGUGGAUAAUGAGUUUGCUAUUUUCCGUAAACGGAUGAUGGUGGCAUUCAGAUCCAAGCUGCUGUCUAAAUCCUAGGUUAAUCUUGGGUGCAUGAUGCUGGGAGUUGCUGAAAGUGGAGGAUGGUCUUCAUGGCACAAACAGAGAGGAUUUGAGGCCAUAAGAAGUGAAGUGACCUGAAAAUGCAGAAUAUUUAAAAUGGAAGCUAUCCAGAGGAGGAAUGAAUGAUGGAGCACAUUAUACCUAGUAACCUAGUAACUUGCUAUACUUGGUAACUUACUGUACAUGGUAACCUGACCACACAUAACAACAAAAUCCAGACCUGUGAUUGGAUAAUUUAGAAUAUUCAAUCAUUUAGCUGGAACCAAAUGUUUGUGUAUUUGGUUGGCCAACCCAGGUGUAUACAUUUGAUCCUUUUCAUGUCAGAGGAUGAACAGUUAUAGGAAAUCAGUAAUGCACUUGUUUAAUUUUCAUCUUUUUUUACAAUGUGUCUUAACGUAUUCUCCAUUUUAGGUGUCAUUAUUUUCUAUAGCAAUUUGAUUAGCCUUUCCCCAGUGCUUGCUUUAUCUUUCUCUCUCUCUCUCUUUCUCUUUCUGUCUCUCAUGUUCUCUGUCUCUCUCUCUCUGUCUUGCUUUCUGUCCCUCAUGUCCUCUCUUUCUCUUUCUCUAUCUCGCUCGCUCUCUCUCACCCUCUCUCCCUCUCUCCCUACCAUGAAUGUUGCUUUCGCACACCCCGGUAUUAGGUAAGUAUCUGUCAUAGUUGCCUCUUCAGUGAUUUGCGAGUGGAACAUUGGUGUCUGCCCAAACCACAAUCCUGCAGACUGCAAACAGAAACUCUCCUUAUAAUGUGACAUUUCAUAAAAUACAACCAGCCAUAACCAAACUCAGUAUUCAUCUCGGGACAGUCUGCAUUUUUAUUUGUUCCUGGGGAAAGUUUCACACCAUCACAGGCAGAAAAAUAUAUAAUGGAGCACGAGGGGAGAAAAUUGUUCAUUUGUUCCAACAGCUGAAAGAGGCUGUGUUGAAUGAGAAUUUUGAGAAGAGAUGAUUGAGUGUUGGUAUUGACAUUGCUGGGUAAGAUUUGUAGGGAAACCAUUAACACAUUUAUAGAGUUAACAUUUCCAGCAUUGCCAUACGUUGCAGUCUUGCCCUUCACAACGCCAACAAUUCCACAAGAUUCUGCUGACCUUCAAAUUGCACUGGCCCUAUUACUGUAAUGUGUGCCCUGAUCGAAUUGGGCAAUGGUACAGGCAUGCAAGGAUAAUCCUACAGAGGAUGCACAGUUGGAGUAAGGAGGGAUUCUCAUUUAACCAGCUGUAUGGCCUUGGUAAGGUGUAUGUGGGUGAGAUGACAGCACUAGACUGAAAAUGCAUCGAGCGCCUGGUAGGGAGACACACAGCCCUGAUAAAGACGUUUUAUAGAGCUGCAAAUUGUAAAGAGUAUUGUAGCAAAAGUGCUUGUUCAAAUUCCUGUGUUUCUGUGCUGUUCUCUUGACUUAGCUGUCGUGUUUGUCGUGUUAUUUAAAUCGGUAGUCAAACAUUGUGAGAUUUUGCUGAAUUAUUUCGUGUUGCUUCAGUUAACUCAGUCACUAUGCUUGCUUUGGUGGCAUCAUUUACUGCUGAGUUAACCUACUCCGCACAGCUGUACUGAAGGUGCCACCAGAGUGUUGUCAACGUUUGGGUAGUGAAAGAGUUAAAGAGAGUGACCAUUUCUUACAGAUGCAACUUUAUAAUCUGGAUAUAGUAAAAAAAAAUAAAGCAAG